AUGGCCAUGGCGCUGCGAUGGUGGUUUUGGACCUCGCGCAUGCAGAGGUCCAUCGCCCUGUUCCGUCGUCACCUGGCGCUCUCGCGGCGCCGCAGCGCCGUUCAGUGCUGGAGGCACGGUGCUACAGCGCGACGCCAAGGGCGAGCGAUGCAAAGGGCGCGGGAGGCUUUGUGGCGUCAACGCCUACGCCCUGCGCGGCUGCGGCCGCUGCUGCGCUUCUGGUCACAGGACGCGGCGCGGCGGGUGAGGCGAAGGACACAGCCACUGCGGGCGGCGUGCUUCGAACGAGAGAGUUUGUUGCGCGUGGCCUAUGGCGCCUGGCGCAGCCACUGGUCUGCCCGGCGCAACGCAACGGCGCAGCGCCGCCGCGCGGCGCUGCAGCGUUUGGAGCGGCGAAGGCCGGCUGUGUUUCAACAAUGGCACCACUGGGCACGGAAUGCUGCUGGCUUCCACAAGCAGAUCCAGCGUUUGUCCUUGCGACAUGGGGCAGAGUUGCAACGGAAAGGAUGGGGAGCGUGGCGCGGCUGGUUACGACAGCGGACGCGGGCCAAGGAACGGCAAGCUCAGGCGCUGCAGCUCUUUCUGCGCGGCGAACGCUUGGUGGCGCUGCGGAGGCUGUUGAGAGCCAAUGAGGAGCGACGGCAGCUGCAGGUGCAACGCCUCGUUGCUGCCUGGAGGGGAUCAUUGGCCUUGAAACCGUGGGUGGCGAAGUGGAAGGAGCUGUGUGAGAGGUCGGAGAGGCCAAAGCAGAUGUUGCCGCUGUCUUCAUCUAGAAGCCUCGAGGAUUUUCGACAAAAGCUCCGCGCUGAACGGAGCGAACGGAGCGAACAGACUCGCGCCGAAGCGAAACGGAUAUCGCGUUUUUUUUGGCGCCUGGAGGAUGAGCGUCGGCGGGAGGAUGAGCGUCAACGCGCGCAAGAGGACGCCAGGGACGCCAGGGACGAGCGACGGGAGGCGCGAAGGUAUCUCAAGAUUCCGCGAGGUUUUCAGCAUUGUGGCUCGAGAUGUCAAUAUUUUGGGUGGAAUUUCCAUCCUUGUGCUUUCGUCCUGUGCCCUGUGCACUUGCGUAGCAAGUGCGGCGGCACAUAA